GCUCUUGGGCAGUUCCAGUCUGGUGCACCAAAGAUGGUGCGACACAUAGCCAAGAAUUUGCAGGACGAUAAGAAAGAGAAAGUCCUUGAUGACAAAGGUGAUGUAGUGCUUGAUGCACUGGCCAAAUUGCCGGAUUUCACCAUUGAGAUCUUGGAACAUGACCCAAGAACUGAAAGAAUGAUGACUAGAUGGAAGAUCUCGCAGGAGUUCUCAGUCAGAACCCCUGUGAAGACAGACUUGGAGGCAGGACAAAUGCACAAGCGCUUGUAUGAUGCAAUGCAGAAAGAUGACUACCUUGCAGAGGCCGUCUCUGUGGGUGGCCAGGAGGUGUGUGCAACCCUUGGGCGCAUUGCCUACAUCCGUGAUGUCCUGUUGAGGCUCCAGACCAGUUGUGACAAGGUUGACGCCUUGGUGGAUUCACACAAGGAUAUGAUCAACACAGUGAACACCGUUUCCAAGUCACUGAUGGUUGAGGUUCAGCAGGCUUUGUCAGCUGCAAUGGCAAAAGAAAAGGCUGCCUCAGAGGAGGAAAAAGCCAAGAAACUUGAGAAAGCAAGAAUGGAGAAGGAACGUGCCAAAGAGCAAAAGAAGGCUGAACAAAAGAGAAAGCGGGAAGAGGAAAAGGAUGCCAAGAAAAGGAAACAAGAGGCAGACAAAGCAGCCAAAGAGGCA